ACGCUCUUCUAAGUCUAUUCUCGCAUUGUGGGAUUGGAGAGAAGAAUACAAGAGAAAGUAAAAGACAAAGGGAAGAGAAGGAUAUCCUUACUUACAAAAAGACAUCUUGUUUGAAGUAAGAAGUUGUUCUUUCCCACACUUUUACCGUCUAUAUUAUUUAAAUUUGUACUACAGAGCAUUUAGUAAUUUAUACUAGAAGAAUGAAAAUCGAUAUACAUAAUCAUAUUCUUCCAGAUUCAUGGCCAAAUCUAAAAGAUAAAUAUGGCUAUGGUGGUUGGAUACAAUUGGAAAAAGAUAACGACGGCCAUCAUGGGCGUAUGAUGAUGGACGAUAAAUUAUUUCGAGUCGUUGACGAGAAUUGUUGGUCUAUUGAGAAAAGAUUAGAGGAAAUGAAUGCUAACGGAAUUGACAUUCAAGCUUUAUCGACCGUUCCUGUUAUGUUCAGUUAUUGGGCAAAGCCGGAAGAUACAUUGGAUUUGUGUAAGCUCUGCAACGAUAACAUUGCUUCUCAUACUCGAAAAUAUCCAAAGAGAUUUGUUGGUCUCGGAUCUGUGCCGAUGCAAGAGCCCAAACUUGCGAUUGAGGAAUUAAGACGAUGCAAGAAUGAAUUAGGCUUCCCAGGAGUCCAAAUCGGAUCACACGUUAACGACUGGAAUUUGGAUGCCGAACAGCUGCAACCUUUUUUCGCUGAAGCGGAGAGAUUAGAAAUGAGCAUUUUCGUACAUCCUUGGGAUAUGGAACAAUGCGGUAGAAUGAGCAAAUAUUUUCUACCUUGGCUAGUUGGUAUGCCAGCCGAAACAACUACUGCAAUUUGCAGUGUUCUAAUGGGAGGUGUAUUGGAACGUUUUCCGAAUUUAAAAAUUUGUUUCGCUCAUGGGGGAGGCGCGUUUCCCUUUACUAUAGGCCGAAUCGAGAAAGGAUUUAAUGUAAGGCCAGAUUUGUGCGCAGUCGAUUGCGAAGCUAAUCCUCGUGACUUUAUCGGGAAAUUUUAUACUGACUCAUUAGUUCACGACAGUAAGGCGUUAAUGCAUUUGGUUGAAGUUAUGGGAGAAAAAAAGGUCCUUCUGGGGACAGAUUAUCCGUUCCCCCUUGCCGAAUGGCCACCGGGAAAGACCAUCGAAUCAAUUGUCGAAUUUUCCGACGACAUAAAAGAUAAACUGCUCGCCAAAAACGCUUUAGAGUUUCUCAAUUUAAACCGCCAAGAUUUUCAGUAAAUUAUUUUUGUUUUUUAAUGCAAUAUUUCUUGUCGAAUGUACAACACUUAUACAUGCAUGUCGUUCUAGGUCGACCUGACAUAUAUCUGCUCAUUCGAUAUUCUUAGUAAUUAUGAUAUUUACUAAGCUAUUCACUUAAAAUAAACAUAUUAAUAUACUCAGAUGGUCGUUUUUUUUUUUAUUCUCAUUAAGAAUUCCGAGUUCGCUAUUCUUUUAAUUAAUGAGCUAUUUUUAGAUUUACUUCUUUUUACCCAAUCUAUAAGCCAAAGCAUAGAGACGAUUCAUUGCCUCCUCUCUACUCCUUUUCUCACUAACAGUAUCAUAUAAUCCAUAAGGGGCUGCUCGUUUCCACGUUGGUUCCGAUUUAUAUCCAUAGAGCUCUGAGAUAUCUUCCUCGUCUUCUGGAAUGAGGCUGUCAGAGGUUGGAUAUUCAGAGUUUUCAUAAUAUUCGUAAGGAUCUUUCCAAUCGUAGAGCGAUGGAUAAGUCUCGUCAUCGUCGAAUGGAAUCUCAUCUUCGUAAACAUCCAUUGGCAAAUCAUAGUAGAGAGAGCGUUUUGAACGAGCCUGUACGGGGGCGCCUGACAUAUCCUCUGCAGUUGCCGAAGACCUUUUCUUUCUCCAAUUUGUUCUCAUUUCCGGCUUCAUACUCUUCAUAAGCCAAUCAUAGAUAUCACUCAAUUCCUUAUCCUCUUCGACUGUCUUUUCCUUGGGUACGAUUGCAACAUCUGACUUAGCAGCUUUAUCACUCUCCACUUUUGUUACUGGAGCCGGCGAUUUAGUCUCUUCCAGUCGUUUUGUGGCUAUGGGAUUAGGCGGCAUAAGCUUCUGCGGCACAUUCGGAUCCGCUUUUUUUACUCUGGGUCUAUUCUGAUGGUUUCCAUAUUCCAGCUGCUCCAGGGCCCGUUUUACGCGAACUUUAGCCUGCGGAGCGGCUUGAUUCAGGGCCAAAAAUACGAAAAAAAUGAACAACGUAACGGCUGCUUUCAUUCCAGACAGCCUGCAAAAGAGAUGUGUAAAUUACAAAAUAUCCAUUUACUUGCACUCUCCUUAAAGCGAAUAUCUAACUCUCAUCAGUACAAUCUGAUUUAUAUAGAAUGCAUAUGUGUAAA